UCAAUACAUAGACCUGGCCUCCAACUCACAGAGAUCCACCCGCCUCUGCCUCCCAAGUGCUGCGAUUAAAGUCGUGCGCCACCACGCCCGGCUACAGUAAGUGCUCUUAACUGCUGAGCUAAAUUUAAUGCAUCGAUAGAAUGAGCUCCUUACCCCGCCGUGAUCUCCUAAGAUUUAUGGAAAACUAGGAUUAUUGAUAUUGGCUAAAAAGGAAACUGAGGUUCCACAGCAGCAGUCUGAGGUUCGACCCAAUUGUGUAGGACAUUGGCCGUGUAGGAUGAGGCUGGUGCACUGCACGCCCACAACCAAGAUGGCCGAGGUGCAGGCGGAAGUCCACACGUUUUGGCCCUCUAGGGCCGCUCUUUCUCUCUUGGCGGCUGGGCUCUCGAUGGUGGCCUCCCAGGCUGGGUGGCAGCGUCUUUCGCUCACUAGCAGUGAAGGAGUUCCUGCACCCGCCUAGUGGGAGGGGGGGCUUGAUAUGUUUUUCCAGGACCCUCUCUUUGUAGUCCGAGGGUGAGUGACAGUGGCUGGAAAGGGGUGGAAGGGAGCAGUCACCUGGCUAGCCAGUGCCGUGGUGCAGGCCACUGUGUGCCAGGCAGUUCGGGUAUAGCCGUCCCGGUGCACGUGUCUACCUGUGGUGGAGUGGAAGAAAAUUUGGAGGGCUGUUGGGGUGUCUGGGCCUCGGUUGGUUUGGGAGCGAGUGUAAGGACCCUAUCCCAAGUCGUGCUCAAUGUACUGCAGCGAGGUGCAGAAAGCGGUGAAUACGGCCCCUGGCUGUACCGGUCCCUGGCUGUACCGGCCCCUGGCUGUACCGGCCCCUGGCUGUACCGGCCCCUGGCUGUACCGGCCCCUGGCUGUACCGGCCCCUGGCUGUACCGGCGCUGGCGUGAGCUCCUGCAGGGAAGGGCUGUAGUUGGGCGGGAAGAGUCGAUAGGAAGGACCGCCAGUGAGCGGCGGAAUGCCUGCAAAGCAUUGGGUGGGACCUCGGGGAACCUGGAAGAAAUGGUCCAUAUGCUGGGACUUUAGAGACAGGGUAUGGCGGAGCUUCUGGCCACAGUAGGGGGCGGUGGGAGCCAGCCCUUUAAGGAAGUUGAACAGCUAGUAAGCGUUAAAGCCUGGAGGUAUGGGAGUAUGCCGGAGGGAGUUUAUGUCUCUAGACUUGACCCUUGACCUGCAGGAAAGGUGUUCGUUCACAGAGCAGAUCAGGAAGCAGUUCAGGUUAGGUGAAGUCCUAGUGGGUUGUGUUGGGAGAUUAGUGUGUGUGUUGUUUGUUCAAGGCAGGGUUUCACUGUAACUUGGCAGGAUGGAACAAGAGAUCCAUCUGCCUCUGCUUCAUGAAUGCUGGUAUUAAAUCGUGCAACACCACAUUUAGCUUGUGUUAGGGUGUCUAGACUAAUGUUAUCUUCAUCCUCAGGAAAUGAAGGACCACUUAGCCCAACAGCCCUGGCCUUCAUAGAGAAGAGUCAUAAAGAGGUAAUGGAUUCAUCCAGUUCAAGAACCACCAGGUGUUACUUUCUGUCAGCCCCACCAUGUGUUCUGUCUUCUGUAUGUAGGAACCUGUCCUUCUGCAUCAGUGUCCAGUCUGUGCAUUCUUUCCUUAUCUACCUGCCUUUUUUGUUUGUUUUUUUUUUUGAUCAACAGCUGGAAAUGGUGUCUGGGAGCAUCCAGGUUCUGAAACACAUGUCGGGUCAUGUUGGGGAGGAGGGCAUGUAAGGCCAGUUUUGGGGGGCAUGCCUCUGGCUUUCCUGGUGCAUAGUGGCUCGGAUUCCACCAUGGUAUUGGUGGCAUACUGGAUGCUUUUACUCAUGAACUAGACCACAGAGUCUCGGAUUGGGUCCUCAGAAAGAUGGCUAGUGACCCACACAAUGAGUGGCGAGUUCUCUUUGGUAGGGUUUAAAGCCUGGGAUGUGAGUAGGAGGGAGUAGCUGGUGGUGCCUUGUCCUCUUGAUUUCUGACCCUUUUGUCUUCAUACAACAAUGGUGUGCCAUUGUGGUGCUUGUGUGGUUUUCCCGUCCUGAUUCUACUCCCCUUUCUCUGACUUGGGACGUCCCUGUCUACUGGAAAGAGGGAGUGAACCUGGAGGGCCAGCCCAAGGACCUCUUUCAGAACUAGUAGGAUCUUUAGGCCCUGGGUUGGACCCUGAGCUUCUGACACUGAUCCCAAUUCAAGUGCAUUUAUAGGGUGAUGAUUUGGGAAGACCUUGCACAAACUGCCCCAAAUCUACCCUCCUCCGUGCCUUCUAAUUGUUCCAAUAGAAA